AUCGAGAUGUCAUCCGCAGUACUUCAACUCGACCUACCCAUCCUUUUCUCGCGGUUCAUGUCUUACUCGUCUUCUUUUUUAGCUUUCGCACACGCCAAACUCUGACUUAGCCCUAUACCAUCAACGCUAACGGCGAGGUCUAUCCCAGCACAAGCCGUUGAGCUGUAGGAACUAAGGUUACCUAGGUAACUUUAGAAGUAGAACUAAUACUCAUCAUGGCCCCCUUUCUGCCAGCGCCAGCCAAAGAUAGCUCCUCUGUCGGCCGCGUCCUAGCCCGAGAGCUCGAACACAUAAAUCCAACAAGGACCAUCCCCAAAGCUAUCACUAAGGUCCUCACCGCUCGUCAAAGCACUAUGACGGUCGUUGCGCAGACCGACGGCGACUCCUCGCAGACCCUCUCGGGCGGAGCUAUCGCUGGGGUUGUCAUCGGCUCUAUCGCCGGAUUCCUCCUCCUGCUUUGGGUCAUCCGCUCAUGCGUCAACUACCGCAACCCAGGGGCAUGGGGCACGACAUUCGAGCCGGAUCAUGAGAAGCCGCCGUCUUCGCACUACCAUAGCUCUACGCGGUAUCCCCUGGAAACGCAUGGCCACAGGUCGCGCUCUCGCCAUUCUCAUCACCAUCAUAGUCCGCGCCGUACAUCAGUCGUGAGCGUGACGAGGCCCGUUCACAUUGAGCAGUCGAGGGGCAGAAGCCCGAGGGCCCCACCCGCGGCGUAUUAUUCUGAUGGAAGAGAUUAUCGAAGGUCGAGCGACGGCCGGAGACAUUCACGAAGUUAUUAUUGAGCAACCAAAUAAGGAACGACGUUAUGAAUGUAAAAAGGGCUUUGGGGGGAAUAUGGUUGAUAAAAGACGAGUUAUAGUAACCAACAUCUCCCUUGAUGAGAAGGCUGUCGAUGGCUAGGAUAUCCAUUGGCAACAUGAUGAUGGACAUUAUUUACCAUCCCGCGAAUGGACUUACGAAUAUUACGAUGUGUAUGUUAUAUUUAUGAAUCAUUAAAUA